CGUUGUUUCCGAAUGAACGGAGUGCGAUUCGGUUUAGUGUAAAAUGACUGUGAACUUCGUUCGCAUUAAUAUACGUUUGAGUGGUCGCGCUCGUGAUUGAAGUAGGAAAAGUUUUUUUAUAUAUUUUUCUGUCGCGCAUAUUAAACUCUACCAGAACAAAAAGAAAAAAUAAAUAAAUUAAUAAUAUUUAACCUGAAUUCAAUAAAAAUUAUACUUUGUCAUUUUUAGUGAAAGACAUUUAUCAACGUUUCCAAUUUAUCAGUUUGUUUUCGUUUAGUUAAAAGAAACAAAAACUUAAGCAUAAGUUAGUCAAAUUACAGCGAGAAAAAAAAUACAAGUAGAAAAGCAGAGAGAGAGAGAGAGAGAUAGAGAGAGAGAGCGAGCGAAAAAAAAGUAAAAGCAACGCCAAUCAACAGACAACCAAGUCAAUUUUGAUUCGUAUUAUAAAUAUUGCAAGCAUCCAGCCGAUAAAAAUCAUUGACAGAUCUGAACCUAAUCACGAAUGCACGGAAUAAAAAGCGAAAAAUUGCUGAAAAUGUGAAUAAAAUUAAAAGUUAUGAUUUUUUGUACAUGAAACAUCAGCCGCAACAGAGCAACAGCAACAACAGUUGUAGUAGCAGCGCUGAACACACAACACUGAGUUUCGUUCAAGAUGGGAUAAAAUGGCCGCCGUCUGCAAACUAACAUAAUAAAAGUUGUGAACCAAACUACAUCCAAAAUAAUAUUUGAGAAAUCUCAAUCACGCGCACACACACAGACACACACAUCGGCGUCCCAUUCAAUAGACAAUUCCACUUCAUCGUCGUACCAAAUCAAUUCAAUUAAAUUCAACCACUGUCAACGACACAAUCAAAAAUAGAAAACAAGCCAGCCAGCAAGCAAAGCAAAUCAAGACCGAAAAAAAAACAUACCGAAAUUCACGCCGUACCCAAAUACAAUAACUGACAAUUAUCUGUCAUAAUGGAAUCGCCCAAAAUUGUGUCGAUGGCACGCGGCGCUGAUGCGACAUCCGCUAUGGUUGAUCAAUUAUCCAAUGCGAUCGAACAAAUGCAAUUUCGACAAAACUACACCAAAUUAACGGUUGUCAAGCCAAAUUGGUACGCGGUUGCCCAUUGUAGUGGCCGGCAAAAGGUUUUGAUUGAGAAAUUGCGUGGCGCAGAUGAGCGAUUACAAUCAAUUAUUGCUGCUGGCAAAUUGCACACCAACUGGAAUCAAUACAAUGCCGUACGUAAGGGGAUCAAGGAGAUUUUCGCCGAACUAUUGCGACACGAAAUGAAAUUUUGCCGUCAAAACAAUGUUGAGCAACACUUUUGGAAGCUUCUCUAUCACAAUUUGAUUGAGAGUGCACGUCGUUUGGCCAGCGAUAAGAGCAAUAACGACCGUUCCAUGAGAGAUUCGUAUCGGCAAUUGUGUUUGCACUUAAUCGCCGAUGGCAAAGAAUUAUUUCAAGAAAUUUUACGCUUGCUCACUCAAACAUAUGGCUUUCAGCUGGAACAGUAUAUGGGUGUGGAAAGUGGAAAGAAUUUAAAGGGCUUAAAGUACAUCAGUCUGGCUGUGGUGUCGGUACAAAAGUGUUGCAUUUGCUUGGGCGAUCUGUUGCGAUAUCAAGCACUGGUCAAUGAAUCGUCCAAAUUUGAGGGGGCUUCCGAAUGGUACUCCAAGGCAUAUCAGUUGAUACCAUCGAACGGAAUGCCAUCGAACCAAUUGGCCAUACUUGCGCUGUACAAUAAGAAGAAAUUCGAUGCGAUUUUCUAUCAUAUGCGCAGUCUGAACGCGUCAAAUCCAAUCAAAUCGGCCAAAGAGAGCCUCGUGAUUCUGUUCGAUGAGCUGCGCAAAAAGUAUCAGUCGCUGAACAAAGUCCAGAGUCAGUCGAUGGCCGGCCAAAGUGGUGAUGCCAGCGCAAAACGAGUCAAAAUGAAAAAUUUCAAGCGAGAGAUAUGGGUGCAUCCGACCGAUGGCCAAUUAAAUUAUCGAACCGUAUUUUUGGACCAGGAGAGUGAGUCGCUCGACUCGGUUGACUUGUAUAAAAAAUUCAUAUUUAAUUUUUCCCAUUUGCAUGGCAUUUUAUUCACCAAAGUUGGUUCCGAUUCACUGGAGAUUUGCAUUGAACAGACUCUGAAGCAAUUCCAAGAGCUAUUGAACCACUCCACGUUAACGUCGUGCAUUUUCACCCUGCAAAAAAUCGCUCAAAUGAUCAUUCUGAACAUUUAUUCUAUUGAGAAUAGCAUGCAAUUGUCUAGCUCGUCACACUCACCGACACUGACACCGUCAUCGCCAUCGCCAUCCUCGUCGUCGUCGCAGCCGCAGUCUGCCCUGGUGUUUUCAUUCGCAUUCAUCGGAAUAAUUUUAAAUAAAUUACAAUGUGAAAUGGAUGAUAUGCUGGCCACAACUGACACUGACGACACCACCUAUGAGUCGAAAUGCCGCAUCAACGGAGAGACACAUUUCAAUGUUAGGCAAAUAAAUAAAUUCAAACUUUCCGACAGCAUAAAUAAUUUAUUAGCUGCCAUUUCGUUGUGGUGCAACUGGUUGAAAUUCAAUUGGAGCGCAUGGACAUCGGACGCGAUACUUGUUGCCGUGCAUAAAUUCAACGAAGCAUACGGCAUUCGUGUAUGGGAUGAUUUUGCUUGUCUCACAAUGGCGCUAGAUAAAUUCAAUUUUGAAAUUGAUGAUCAAUUAUUGGUGCGCUCGGAGCCACUGCUGCAGCUCAACAACAUCGAAUCGUACAAAAGAAUUCGAUUAAGUGAAGAUAUGAUAACACUUGGCAUGCCUUCCGUCAUCCGAAAUGAUUUUGUGUACUGUAAAGCCGACAUCGACGAGCGAUGCGCUGCCACUGUUCUGCGAUGGAAGAAUAUUUAUGACUUUUGUACGACCGAGCUAAUGAAAGAAGGGUGUUCGUUUUUGUGUCGCCUCGAUUUUGGUGAAGUGGUUGUUGCUCAACUGUUCAGUGCGGUUGACGAGUGUGGUUCGCACAACAAUAGCAGUUUCGGUCUAUCGGAAGAUGAAAAAGACACUGCGGAAAAUCCCGGCAAUGAAAGCCGAAACACAAAGCCAUUAGCGGAUACUGAGGCAAGUGAAGGCAGUGGUGGUGGUGGCGAUGGCAGCGGCGGCGACAAACAUUUGAUCUCAAACCAGGAGACAGAUGAACAUCAAUCAAACGCUUCGUGUGACGAAAUACGAAGACUUUUGCAAAGAAAAAGUGAACUGGAGCAAACUCACAAAAUGCAAGAGAAACUCAGCAAAUUCAACCAAGAUAUAUUGCGUCAAACGAAUUCGGAAACCAUUUGCUUGGAGAUACGGCCAAAGUACUUGCUACCAGACACCAAUUGUUUCAUCGAUUUUUUGCCCGCCAUCAAACAAUUAGCACAAGUUUAUCCACUGUAUCAUGUGAUUGUGCCGAUCGUUGUGCUGAACGAACUCGAAGGAUUGGCCAAAGGUGAUGAAAGCGGCCUAAAAAUUUAUGACACACCCACAAAAACGUCACUGAACGCACAUAAAGCGUUGGUAUUUCUAAAAGCAACCGGAUCGAAUGUGAAAUGCGCGACAUCAAAGGGUUCAUUCUUAAAUUCAAUGGCAUUUACAAAGGAAUCCGAUUGCAUAAAUGCCACCGAAAGUCCAAUCGACCAUUUGAACAACGACGAUAAAAUUCUUAUGACAGCCAUUAACUUAACAAAACAGCAUUCGAACGAUGCAAUCAUCGGGUCAAAACCUAUAUCCAUAUCGAAUCUCCAGCGCAAAGUUGUUCUCCUAACAAACGAUCGAAAUUUGAAAUUGAAAGCGAUUACACAGAACAUACCCGUUCGUGAACUUGUUGAUUUUAUUAAAUGGAGUGGCAUUACCAAAUAAGGCCUACAUACACUUCGUACAGAUAUAUAUUGUUAUAAACAGAUAGAUAAACGGAAUAAAUACAUGAAUAUGAGCGGGAGAGAGAGAGAGAGGAUAAUUGCGAGCUCUUCUGUACAGAUUGUCAAAUAUAUACUUUCAUUAAUGGACUUUUAUUGGAUUAAAUAAACAACAAUUUUAUGAAUUUAAAAGAAUUUACCAUAGUCAAGCACUUACAGUGCACAUACCGAAAAUAUUUACGUAAAUACCAGAUAUGUAUACGGAAGAUAUAUACACACAAACACAUUUAUACAUUGGAAUGUAGAGUUUCUUUUUUAAACAAUUGAAAAAAACGGAAAUAAAGAGAAAGAAUUGAAUGAAGACAAACGAAUAAAAAACACUACCGUUUCAUUUGAAUGACUUUAAAGUUUUGCACUGCAUAGAACUGAAAAAAAAACAACUAAUGGCAACAAUUUUUGGUUAUUCUCGCAAGAGCCACUCACCCUAAAAAUGAAUUGCACUUUUACAGCGAACGCAAUUUGUCUUGAUUAGUUUUUUUUCUAGCAAAAAAAGACUUUUUUUCGGGUCGUUUUUAGUUAGGAGCUGAAUAAAUGCAUGAUUGUGUACAGAGUUUGAGCUUAUUGUCUGGCUUAAAGGGGGCCACUCUUCGAUGUUGUAUAUUUUUAUUUCUUUUUUAUUAAAUUUAAACCCCGUACGAACGCAGAGCGAAAACUAUUGUGUUUUAAUUAAAAGUUAUUGCAAAUGCGACUAAAUUAUCCUAUAAUAAAAUUAAAGGGGCCACAUAUUAAAUAGCAUGCAGCGCCGUUCAUUGGGAGCUCUGAUAAAAAAAAGCACAUGAAUUAUCAUCGUAUUCUGAAUUGAAACAUGUACGAAAGAUGAGUUGUUGCUCUUCUUCUUCUUCUUCUUCGCCUUGUUUUUUAUAGUUUGUUUUGUAACUCGGGAUGUGUGUAAGUGGUGCUCACAGCGUGCAACUAGGCAACUGGUAUAUUUUGGCAAAUGCGCAUCCGACUCUCUUGUGAAUCAUAAUUUACGAUAAUAGAAGAAUUAGUCCAUUUUUAAACAAAGUCUUUUGCAGUGUCUGGUACUGUAAAAUGUGUUUGAUGAAAUUCGCAAUGCACACACACACACACACAGAGAGAGAGAGAGAGAGAGAUCUGAUUACGCAUGGUGGUCAAAUCAUAUUAACGGAGAUUUUAAUUUAAAAACCAGCAGUUGGUCUCGUUACGAGUUAAAAUAUGUGUGCCGCUGUGCAAACAAAUGCAACAUUAUUUUUUUUGAUAAUCGUCGGCGUAUUAAGUAAUCAUGUUAAAUUAUAAAAUUGACAAUUAUUCUUUCGUUUGUUUCUUUCUUUCAUUUUGUUUUUUUUUUAUGUCUGCCCAAAUGAACCAAUAAAAGUGCCAAAGAACUGUCUGUUUAAAAACAAAACUGAUUUUAUUUACAUUCACUUUCUUGUUCCACAGGGUUUGCUGGAGAAAAUCGAUUGCAGGCGAAUACGCGCGAUAAAAAAGAGAACAACAACAACAAAAUUAUGAAUUAUGGAUAUCCUUUGGCUACAAAACACUGUCAGUAGGCAAUUUCUAGUGAAUACCGUCACAACAUUAUCCGAGCAGCUAAUUACGAUCAAUAAUGUGGUGACUGGUUUGGUAUCGGGUGGCAUUAAUGCUACAGUCACCAAAGAUGAUGCAACUAAUACUCCAACAAAACGAAGCAACGAAACUUUAUUUACUCAAAAGUUAAUUAAUUCAAUUAGAGGGAAUGUUGCCUGUACUCACAGACAUGGUUUUAGUGGCGACACAGACAAUUACCUAUAUCAACAGAAGAGUGCUCAGUCUCAGUCAUCGGUCGUUGGUACGCUAUUUCAUCCGCCACAGCACCAACAUUGGCAUCCAUUGCCAAAAUGUACGGCGAGGACGAUAAAAAAUAUCAAGGCCAUAGGCAAUAUUGUUAACUUAGAUAUUGAAAAAAGUGGCACAAUUUCAACGUACGAUUGUGAUUCUAAUUAUACUACAACUAAUGCAACAAGAACAACCAUUACUUGUCAUAGUAAUUAUGGUACCGUCAAUAAUAAUGUUCGGGCCGAGCAUAAUGUAAAAAACGAUAAAUGUAAUUAUAAUAAUAAUAAUAAUAAUGAUAAUAAUAAAAGUAACGAGCAAAACCGCAGCACAAGUACGACAUCAGUUCCAACGUCGAGUCGCUUGAAUAGAAUAAAUAUCGAUUCACCGAUAGAUAUUGCGCCGAUCUCGACAAAACCUGCGUUUUACGUACAAUUCGAGAAGCGAGCACAAAGAAGCCAAAACCAAUGGUGGAAGAAUUUAGUUAUCGUAAUUUGUUAUUUAUUUCUACUCUCAUCAUCGUUGCGAAUUUGCAGUGCUAACAAACACGACGUAUCGAAUUGUACAUUUCCACAACGCUGGGAAGGUUCAUGGUUUCUAAGUGGCAAUCAACAGCCAAUUUUUAUAAAAGGGAACACGCUUAGUUUUCGGGGGAAAUGUAUGGCGUCUGACGGUGAUAAAUUUUUAAUUGUCGACGAAAAAGGGUGUCAUCGAUGUUUAGUCAUCUAUGAAAAGCAUAAAAAUGUUCUACAGUAUAAAGAAAGUGAGUGUGAAGGUGACAGUAUGUUUGCGGAUCAAUCAAAUCCAGCGGCAAUGUCAAUUCAACAAAUGCGUAGUACCAUAUUAAAAAGUGAUCAUAAGGGGGGAGCUCAUCCCAAUAUAAGACUACUAUCGUCAUCGGAUCAAUAUUCAAGUCGAUCCAAUGAUGAUACUAAUGAUAAUUAUUAUUGCAAGGGCCGUGAAACACUACAAAAUUUAUGCGAACAAAUUGCUGGCGAUGCUCUGCUAUACAGUCUAUUCAAGGAAAAUGCUGAACCAGUGAAAUGUCCCCUAAGAGGACCGUUUACAUUUACAUACAAUCGAGGGCAUGGCGAAUGUAGAAACCCUGUUUCGAAUAUCGAAAGUUGUACCGAAGAUAGCAGGCUCUUGUUGAACCUUCAAGCAUGUCCCGAUGUAGCUGGUACCGAAAGCACAGUUGAAGAGCUGACUUGCCUGGCUACAUGGAAGGAUGGCAACUCGCGGUAUUUGGUGGGUUUGGUUUCUCAUCUACAUGCCGUAUCGAACGAAGAGCGUUAUCGAUGUUUUGUUUACGAGAAAAUUUUAUCAAAUGAUGAUACGUCAAAAGAUGCUGAAUACAAACUGGCUCAAUCAGGCGAUGCCACUUGUAAUGGUCUUGAUAGUGCUGAGGUUGGGUCUCGUAUAAUGACACUUAGACGAUCUCCACCAACCGAACGUUGUGAUUUUCCAGCUUGGUUCAAAGGUCCAAAGCACUGGCACUCUUUGGCCGGCAACAAUCAAUAUGUAUAUCAUCAGAGUGAUGGAUCCAUGCACAUACUAAAACCAAACGGUCACAUGGAAACACGAGCGCUCUGCGAACAAAUCAAUAAGAAUGCAGCUACCGAAACUCAAGUGAUUGUUCAUCAAACUACUGGAUGUAAAUCGGGUUAUAUGUGCAUGAUAUUCUAUCGCCGAGAUACGCACAUAGCCGAAGUUCAAAUGGGUUUGCCGGCGGUGCGAUUGGAAGAUGCAUGUACCGUUGACAAUUUUGAUGUCAUGAAAUUGCCAUAUGUCACUCUUGUCGCUGCAACCGUUGAUCCACAAGAAUGCCCCUUGAACGGUUUGUACAGUUUGCGCGGAGCAAUUGGACCACCAUUCAUUUCAUCGCGCCACAAAAGGAAUCACAACAAAGGCCAUCAUCAUCAUCAUGAAGCGCAGUACAAACGAUAUACGGCGCUGAGCUUCCGUAAUCCCGAAGAAUUUUCAAAUCUGGAUUUGCAAAUGCGAUCACGUAUCGCUCCGUUACGGAAUCGUCGAGAGGUUCGUUCGAAACGCCUUUCGAAUGGCACUAUCAUAGAGAGUUCGAAUAACAUCGAUGCAAACAAUGAUACGGCUCAAAUUAUCUUGCCAACGGAUGAUAAGCAAAAUACUACAGAAAUUGAUAUUCAACGAUCGAAACGAGAAACACCCGAAUGUGUCAUCAAUUAUAAUUCGGCGAGACAGUUGUUUGUCGGUUGCUCACAAUCGAAUGUAGUCGAAGUGAAGCCACACUGCAGCGAUGAUGGUGACGAAGUGUACAACUGUCAAGGUUCGUGGACUGAGAACACCACCACAUUCAUAGUGGCAUUGCAUUCGGGGUCGCAGCAUGCCGUUUGCAUUAGCUAUCAACCAGUUGACGCAACAAAUGUUCGAUUAUAUGUGGGUGAUUCAUGCUAUCGAUCAAUGCCAUUGCAAACAUCAGAUCAUCAUCUAGCAGCUAAUCUCACCGUCAUCGGAAAAUGUACUGAUGUUAGUUCAGCUUCCCCAACGGUCAUUAACUGGAAUGUUUUGCACAUAACGUUACUGUUUACAAUAAUUGCACUCAUCAGAAGUAGAUGAUUUAAUUGAAACUAAACCAAAAAUUUUACAAAACAAACGAGAAAACAAAAACAAACAAACACACUCAUUUAGUCAUUAUACUGAAAAUCAUCGAUAUCAUGAAACAAAAACAAUUCGAAAACAGACUAAACAGCUACAGCAGCGCAGCUACCGCAACAAAAAUAUUCUCGGAGAAUAAUGAAUCUGACGUUCUGUUGAAAACAGAAGAAAAACAAAACAAAUGAUAGCAUUGUCCGAUAUUAUUUAAAUGACGAUGAAUACAGAAUGUAACAAAAAUGUGCAUACUCAUCAUUUUAAGCA